AAACAAAUUACACCUUCUACUCGUAUAUAACCUCGCCGGAAACCGGAGUAAACUUCCAUUGUAAAAAUUACAGCUUUAUGCUCAAAUGUCGACUCAAAAGUUUUACCAAAGUGCACAGCAACUUUUUCCCAAAAAACCAAAUGAAGAAAUUGCUAAAUUGAUCUCCAAUACUCUGAUAAAAAAUUUCAGGUCUACAAAGGAAAUUCUCCUAUCUCUAAUUCCCUACCUAAAUCCCCAAGUAACCCAUCUUGUUCUUUCAAACCCAUCUGUCCCUACACAAUCUUGUUUAAGUUUCUUUAAAAUUCUCCAAAAAAAUCAACCUUUCGAAAGACCCAAUCUUGAAGCACAUAUAUCCUUGUUUUUGCGCUUGUAUAGAGCCAGGAAGUUUGCUGAAGCCAAAAGUACAUUGCAUACUGUUGCUGCUGAUGAUAGUAUAAGGAAACCAAUUUCAGAAAUAGCUUCUUUUUUGGGUGAAAAUCAUGUAGAACAUAACGUUAUGGGGAAGAUGUUUGACAUGCUGUUUAGGGUUUAUGUUGAUAAUAUGAAGUUUAAGGAAGCUCUUGAGGUUUUUGAGUAUAUGAGGAAUGGUGGGUUUGAGAUAGAUCACAGGUCUUGUAUGGUUUACUUACUUGCUAUGAAAAGGCGAAAACAGUAUGACUCGCUGGUUGAGUUUUUCGAGAUGAUGGUUGAAUUUGAUGUGAGAACUACUGUGUAUUCUAUGACGAUGGUUAUAGACGGGUUGUGUAAAGUAGGAGAGGUUAGCAAGGCAAGAAAACUCAUGGAUGAAAUGGUUAGUAAAGGGGUGAAACCAAAUGUGUACACUUACAAUACAUUAUUAGAUGCUUGUAUGAAGAAGCCAGAUUUCGUGGCUCUGAAGGAGAUUUUGAUGACAAUGGAGAAAGAGGGGUUGGAUCUCAAUGUGACAAGUUAUACUCUUCUGAUUGACGGGUAUCGUAAUUUUGGUAAUCUUAAAGAGGUUGAGAGGUUGUUUAGGGAAAUAGAAGGGAAAGGCAUAGAGCCAGAUGUUCAUUUAUGCACCUCUAUGAUUAGUGGUUUUAGUAAGUUAGGUAAUGUCAAAAAAGUUUUUUCAGUGUUUGAUGAAAUGGUGGAGAGAGGUCUCGUUCCGAAUGCUCACACAUAUGGAGCUUUGAUAAAUUGCUUGUGCAAGGCUGGACAGAUGCAAGCAGCUGAAGUUUUACUUAAUGAGAUGCAAAGUAAGGGGAUUGACAUAAGUCGAGUUAUAUUUAAUACAAUGAUGGAUGGUUACUGUAAGCAAGGUAAUAUAGAUGAAGCAUGGAGGCUGCAGAAAAUUAUGGAGGGCAAAGGGCAUGAGUCUGAUGUAUAUGUUUAUAACAUAAUUGCUACUGGAUUGUGUAAGUUAGAUCGGCGCGAUGAAGCAAAGACGUGGUUGUUCUCAAUGGUAGAUCGAGGCGUAGCUCCAAAUGAAGUUGCUUAUACAACUUUGAUCACUAUUUAUUCUAAGGAAGGAAAUUUUGUUGAAGCAAAAAGAACACUUCAUGAGAUGGAAACUAAGGGAGUUAAGCCUAAUACGGCAACGUACAAUACCUUGAUAGAUGGUUAUUGCAAGAAGAGUAUGAUGAAGGAAGCAUAUAAGCUAAAGACUGUUAUGGAAUGUAAGGGCCUGAAGCCUGAUCUCUAUACAUACACCUCACUUGUACAUGCGGAAUGCAUAUCAGGAAAGGUAGAUGAUGCUCUGAAACUUUUCAAUGAGAUGCCUAGAGAGGGUUUAGUACCAAAUGUGGUGACUUACACAGCAAUGAUUUCUGGCUUAUCGAAAGAGGGCAGAUCAGAUGAAGCCUUCAGAUUAUAUGAUGAGAUGAUAGAGGCAGGCCUUACACCUGAUGCUAGCGCAUAUUCUGCUCUUGUGGGCAGUCUUCAUGGUUGAUGUUUAUUUAGUGUGUGAAGUUGUUCUAGGAACUUGUAAUCAUAAACUUCAAGUAAAUCAGAUUUAGGUAAUUGGAGAUAUAACAGAUUGUUCAUUGUUCAAUAUAUCCUUCAGAUUGUUCAAUAUAUUGCAGGACAUUCUCAGAGAUUCAAUGUGCCUGGCUUGUUGCUUGUUAAUGUAGAUCUUAUGUUGUCCUUGGACAUGGUCCGCCAUAAUCUCAAGGUUUGAUAUUUAUAUAAAACUCACGAAAGAGCAAAGCAUUGCUCAGAUAAUCAGAUUUAAGCUGCUUGAUUCCUCUUAUGAUUUUAGCCCAAUGACCUUAUGAGAGAGGAUAAUCAGGCUAUGGUAUCUGUAAGUAUUCGGAGGACUGUACAGUGUAAGAUCCUUCUCUUUUUGUAGCAACAUGAACGACCUAGAGUGGGUUAGGUUAUGGUGUUUGAAGAUAAGUUCUGUUUACUUACGCGGUCAUGAUGAGAAAACCACUGCUUAGUGUAUUAUCUCAAACUUUAGAGGCAUUUGGUUCAAAAUAUUUUGUUAGUUCACACGUUUUUUAUAUAAGCUAUGUUGCUUCCUUUGUUUCCAGUGCAAUAUUUUCUGGAGAAUGGAAGAACCCGAAGAAAGAAGUGUGUCACCAUGGAGAUGCUGGUGGAUGAUGACAAGUUUGUAGAUUCUUAUCCGGCGGGUUCAUGAAUAAGAGGGGGAGGAGGAGGAGGAUUAUAUCCAUUGGCGGAGCGGGGCAGCUUGUAUAUAUUCCACUUUGAAGGAGUAUUUCCUGGUAUUGGAUUUGACGAGUUUUCUGGUAGUGGAUACGGUUUUAGGCCUUGCUUAAAUGCUAAGGCGGGAUGCUUUGUGUACCAUGCUGCCCCUAGAAUUUGUCGUCAUACUUAAAUUAGAAACUCCAACUUGCUUGGGAUUGAGCAUAGUUGCUUUUUGUUGUUGUUGGUCAAGUAAGAAACUCAUAUGAUGGCUAUUGAUAUAUAUAUAUGUGCAUGAAUUAUUAA